GGCGGAGCGGGUGGGCCAGUUGCUAACGCUUGGUGAAGCUCAGCGCUAGCGUCUGUCUCCUUAGGUGGCUGUAGGCUUCAGCCUCAUCAGGUCGUCACUUUGGAAAUGCCAGAAAAGGAGAACAACUUCCCGCCGCUGCCCAAGUUCAUCCCUCUGAAGCCUUGUUUCUACCAGAACUUCUCCGACGAGAUCCCCAUUGAGCAUCAGGUCCUGGUGAAGAGGAUCUACCGGCUGUGGCUGUUCUACUGCGCCACACUGGCGGUCAAUCUCGUCGCAUGCCUGGCCUGGUGGAUCGGAGGCGGCUCAGGAGCCAACUUCGGCCUGGCCCUGGUCUGGCUGCUGCUCUUCUCCCCCUGUAGCUAUGUGUGCUGGUUCCAGCCUGCUUACAAGGCCUUCCGGGCCGACAGUUCCUUCAAUUUCAUGGCAUUUUUCUUUAUCUUCGGAGCCCAGUUUGUCCUGACCGUCAUCCAGGCUAUCGGCUUCUCGGGAUGGGGUGCUUGUGGUUGGCUGGCAGCGAUCGGGUUCUUCCAGACCAGCGUUGGAGCUGCCGUGGUCAUGCUGUUUCCGGCCAUCAUGUUCACAAUGUCAGCCGCCAUGAUGGCCUUUGUGAUCAUGAGGGUACACAGGAUCUACCGGGGAACCGGUGGAAGCUUCCAGAAGGCACAGACAGAGUGGACCAAUGGCACUUGGCGGGACCCACUGUCUCGGGAGGCCCAGUUCAACAACUUCUCAGGGAAUAGCCUGCCUGAAUACCCCACUGUACCCACCUAUCCAGCCAGUGGUAGCCAGUGGCCUUAGAGGGAGCUGACUGGUCUUGUCGCUUGCCUGCCACCACAGCCCUCCUCCUCCUCCCUAUCCACGCCUGUAGCCACGUUGGGUCCGGUGAAGCCCUAAGCAUCUGUCCCCAGGUGGCAGGUAGGCUCCUCCCCCAGCCAGGAUGGGCAGAGGUUGGUGGCCACCGGGACCUUUUCCAGGUGGGAUGGCAGACCCCAGCAGCUCUCAGGGACCCAUGCCCAUAACCCAUCUCACAUCCAAGAGCAGAGGUCCUUGCAAGCACUGCCCAGAAGCCAGCUGGCCCUGCCAGCCAGCAGAAGGAUGCCUCUCUCGCUCCUGAAAACGUUUGGUCACAUAAUGUCCACUGCAGCAGCCACUCUCUCUCCCCUGGGGGUCUCAGAGGACUGAUGUUGGGCCUCCCUAGGAAGUCAGAAGGAGGCUGGCUGCCUCUCCAUGCCAGUGCUGGGGACGCUAAGAAGGGCUCCUCAAAUUCACCCCACUCCUGUCAGGGCCAUCACCCUCGUCCAGUGCUCAGGAAGAGGGAGGUUCCUCCCUGCUGGUGAUGUAGACACUUGAUGUACAGCUGGGUGCUCAACGUUUUGUCCUGAGUUUGUCCAUCUGCAGCUGGCGGCUCACGGGGAUGGCCAGAGGCUAGUUCACUGCCUCGGUGCCAUGAUCUCAGCUUUUCCCUGUCCAUCUGUCCCAGGUCCUCUACACUGGUCCUCAGCCACUGUUCAGGACCAUUGGCCAGCUUGCUUCCAGCCUUUCUAUCCACAGUCGCUCUCCCCCAGAGACGCUCUCUUCUCCCAGGUGUUAGAACUCCCACGCCUGGGCUGGUUGUACCUAUGCAGGGAACCUCAGCAGGAUGUUCAUCGAGAUCCAAAACCUGGGACUAAACCCAUUGGUGGGGACAUGGGCUUCUCUCCCCACUGUGCAAACAGGAAAACAGGUGCAUCUCAUCAGAGUGUCUAUGGCCCCGAGGUUGCCAUUGCCUAGAGGUGUGAGUGCUGGGCCAGCCACUCAGGCUGUGAUCCACACUGCCCUUUUCUGGAUGUGUGGAAGCAGAUCCCAUUUCUCAGGAGAACAGCCUUUUAGGAGGAAACAAGAUGUGACAAAUCUGUGCCUUACUGAGGAAUCUAAAUACCGUCACUUCUUUUCUCAAUUCUUCUAGUUCCUUCUGAGAUGGAGGAACUGGAUGUUGUGUGGGUAUUGCCACAGCACCUUUGUGAAUGGACGGGCUGAGGGAGGUGUCCUGGUGGCCUCUCAGCCCAUGUUACCCAGGCUUCCAGUAAUGCUGCCCCUUGGCUCCUGACUGCCUGUCCCUUGUCACACCCGCUCUGCUGGGAUGCCAUCCUCUCCUGAAGCUCCAGCAUGGCCAGAAUGUGUCCAUGUUUGCUUGCUUUGCUUUCUUGUGCCGAAUGCCACAUGGUGUCUAAAGGUGGCCAAGGUCCCUGAGGAAGCACCUGGGCCUGGGUCCCUGAAGGGCAAGUCUUCCUGGGAGGAAAACAAAAACCUCAGGUUUCCCGGGUUCUCAGUAACAUCACCAAGCCAGCUUCCUAUGACCGACCGAUGGCUCACACUGGGCAAAUUGUGGACCGAAUCUCAUUGUGACUGGGAUGCCAUUAGUAAUGGAGCCGGUUAACCAGGUGCAGAAUGAACACACAUGAGCACCCCACUCCCCACCCCACUGUACAUGGCACCUUGGUUACAUUGUAAUAGGUGUUUUUGUUUUUUUGAUUAUGUUACUUUAUUUUGUAGUUUUUGUUAUUGGAAAAUAUUCUGGAAAUAAAUACAUCCUUUCUGCAGCAGA